GUCAAAAGUCUUCAUGAGUUUUCUGGGCUCGAGUAUGGCUGGUCCAUUGUCGGCGUCACAGUGAUCCUUCGACUGUGUUUAUUCCCUGUCAUGGUUGCAUCCCAGCAAACAAGCUCUCGUAUGGCACAUCUGCAACCGGAACUUCAGCAAAUUAAAGCGCGCUACGAAGCUUUGGGGACUCCAUCUCGCCAAGAUCAGUUGCAGUUUUCCGGCCAAAUGAAGGCCAUUUUCGCCAAGUACAAGGUCAAGCCUUUUCGGGCCUUUGCUGGGCCAGUCAUACAGAUGCCUCUUUUUAUGGGAAUGUUUUUCGGUCUUCGCAAAAUGCCCUCUAUUUUUCCAGAGGAGCUAUCUACUGGUGGAAUGUAUUGGUUCACUGAUCUCACGGCCUCCGAUCCACUGUAUAUUCUGCCUUUCACUUCUGCUCUCUCUUUCUUGGCGCUGAUUGAAUUGGGAAAGGAACAAAUGGUAGCUCAGAAUGCCCAAUCAGGACACCUCAUGGUGAAUUUCUUCCGAGUCAUGUCAAUUGGCAUGGUACCUGUAUGUGUGAAUUUUGAAGCCGCCAUGCUUUGUUACUGGACCAGCAACAACUUCAUGACCCUAACGCAGACAGCUAUUCUGAAAGCUCCGGCGGCUCGCUCGUACUUUGGUAUCUGGGAUGCACCCAAACCUGUUCCAGGGCAAGAGCCA